AUCGCAUACACUCCCGAUGACGGUCCUAGAGAAAACUUCUGUAUGUGGGUUAACACGAUACCGAUAUGAUUCGGAUGACGUUAGAACAAUGUGGCAUCGUGGCAGUGCUCAGGGCGCACACCUCUGACAUAAAAGUUAACCUUAACAUUCGUCUCCACCUCCACAACUCGAAAGCGCCGCUUUAUCUUCGUCUCUGACGUCGCUCAUUCGCAACAAUUAAAAGCCAACAAAAAACUAAUUCAAUCAAACUGGCGAAGAUGUCAAGAACAUACUGUAUUCCAGGCGUCUUCUUCCUCUUCUCUGCCUGGUUCCUCCUUUUCAUCGUCUCAAUUUCUCUCCCGAGUUUUCAGGCGAUGGACAUUACUCGCGUGCACUCUAGUGGAGGGGUUGCAAAUAAUGGUGAUCAGGCAUUCACGCAACUUAGACUCGGGAUUUGGGGUUACUGUGUUGACUUUUCUUCGGGCCGCCAAUGUUUCAAUACUGGCGCGCAGAAUGCCCAAGUUACAAUAGGUCCUUCAUGGACUCGCGGACUCGCUGUUCUUCCCGUCGCUUGCUGUGUCGCAUUUAUUGCGCUUCUUCUAUCCAUCUCCCAGCACAUCACAAUUACCUUGGUGGCUUCUCUAGUGUCAUUCCUUGCGGCCCUGCUUACCCUCAUCGCAUUUGCCAUCAACAUCGCUCUCUUUGCCUAUGUCAAGCAUGAAUUGGGUACACUAAGUAUUAGUGAGACGACUAUCACUGGUCCUGGUUUUUGGCUCACAUUUGUAUCCCUACUUCUGCUUGUCUUGGCUGGAUGCACUGUGUGCUUUGGCCGUCGUCGCGACAGAAUGGCGGGUGCUAAUAAUAACUCAUACCAGCUCAACGGUCCCAAGACCGGGUUCCUUUCGCGCUUCGGUCGCAACUAGGAGUCACGACUUUUACGGAUGAAUGGACAGAUUGAUGACCUUACUAUAUAUACCAACUGGACGCUGUACGCAUGCAUCAUUUGUUACGGAGGCUCUUUUAGUGGACAAGUGUGUUCAUUCCAUUGGUUUGUCUUGUAUACCAUGUUGAAACCAUUUAUGAAAUUGGCAUCUAUAUUUGGAGUCCCCUAGUACCUGGUGAAGGGUAGACUAUGGUUUGCCUAUAGACAGGACUGGUUACCGAUCUAGGUGAAGCUUAAGCCUUGAAUGUACUCCGAUUGGAUAGCGUCCGUGUCCACUGCCACGCCUACACAUGGGGUGACUAAGCUACUCGAACU